GACUAACAAUCAUAAUAUCAAUCGUUUUGCGGGACUUCAAUUGGAGCAUCUUUAAACAUGAAGAUUUCGAUCUCACUUCUUCUUCUGCUCUUCUGCAUCUCUACUUGUUUCUCUUCUCCGGUCUCCGUUUCAGAUGGUGUAUUCUCCUCUGAUUUAGCUUCAAUUGGAAGAAACCUUCUCCAGGCCAAGAAACCUUGUCCUGUAAACUUUGAGUUCAUGAAUUACACAAUCAUCACCAGUCGUUGCAAAGGACCACGCUACCCUGCUGAUCUCUGUUGUCAAGCUUUCAAAGACUUCGCAUGUCCUUAUGCAGCAGACUUAAACGACUUAGAGAACGAGUGUUCUUCAACAAUGUUCAGCUACAUCAAUCUGUAUGGCGGCUAUCCACCUGGCCUUUUUGCUAGCUUGUGUCGCGAUGACAAAGUAGGCCUUAUCUGCCCUGCUUUAGCACCAGGAACAGCAAGGAAUGGUGUAGGAGCCGAUACCAACAACAGCCACAUCAUCCGCAAUCCAUCCUUACUACUCUCACUAACUGCAACUUUUCUUAUCUUAUUCUUCCGGUGGUUUUGA